UGAUGAGAGAGUCAUCACUAUGCCCUCUUUUCUCAGUUCGAUAUUGUGAAAUGAGAAUCCGUCUAAAAUGUCUUGUAUGUCGCGUGAUUUUCUUUAUUAGAUUAUAACUUGUAUCUUGGAUAUUUUUUAAUUCAGUCUCAUCAAGAAACCCUUUCAAAAUUAUUUACUGUUAAUGGAGUUUUUUAUAAAAUGAAUGUGAACGUAGUUGGAUAAUGGUUCAAAUAUACACUUUAUAUAUACAUAUAUAUAAUAUAUAAUAUUUACUUACCUUAUCAGUUUUUACAAAUGGUUGUAAUUUUGGUUUAUUUAAAUGAAUUUUUUAGAACUAACUAGCUGUUUUAAAGUUAUGUUGUAGUAUAAUCAAUAAACUAAUGGUGAUAAGAAUGAUAAAUGUUUCGAAAAUCAAUACCAAAUAUAUUUAUUAUCGAUUUAAUUUAAUUAAUGAAUUGAAUAAUUUGUGAUUAACAAAAGAUAGUGCAUAAGUGUUAAUAAAUAUUGUUGUUGUUUAUUAGCAAUAUUUAUAAAUCAAUUAAAAUGGGGUUACUAUUCUCAAAAUUGUGGAGUUUUUUUGGAAAUGAAGAGCAUAAAAUUGUGAUGGUGGGCUUAGAUAAUGCAGGAAAAACGACAAUUUUAUAUCAGUUUCUCAUGAACGAAGUAGUCCACACUUCACCAACUAUUGGAUCUAAUGUAGAAGAAGUCGUGUGGAAAAACAUACAUUUCAUAAUGUGGGAUCUUGGUGGACAGCAAAGUCUGAGAGCAGCUUGGUCAACAUAUUAUACGAAUACAGAAUUUAUAAUAAUGGUAAUUGAUAGUACAGACCGUGACAGAUUAAGUACAAUAAGAGAUGAAUUAUACUCAAUGUUAAAUCAUGAAGAACUAUCGAAAGCAAAUGUUCUUGUAUAUGCCAAUAAACAAGAUUUGAAGGGCAGUAUGAGUGCAGCUGAAAUUUCAAGACAACUCGAUUUGACAUCAAUCAAGAAACACCAGUGGCACAUUCAAAGUUGUUGUGCGCUUACGGGUGAAGGACUUUACCAAGGGCUUGAAUGGAUAGUUGAUCGACUAAAAAAAACAUGACGUACAUCAUGAAAGAUAUCCGCUGAAACAUUUGCGGUGGAUUAUAAAUAAUAUUAUAAACAAAAACUGUAAAAUAUGUGAAUUUAAUGGUAGACGAGUAUUCAUUAACGGUAAAGGUUGUAUAAAAUUUUGUUCGAUUUUGGCAUCCAAAAACAACUGGAAUAUGUCAAUUUUUUGUAUUCAAUAAUGAAUUUAAUAAUUGAUUUUUCAUUAGAUUCAUUUUGAAAUUGAGUUAAGAUAUCAGCAGUUCAUAUCAUAUUCUCAAAAAUAUUUCCAAUUUUUGAGAAAUACAUAUAAUUCUAUUAAACAUUUAGCUUUAUUUUAAUAAGUUUCUAUUAUAAUAAUUUGAAAAUUGUAAUUUAUACUCAUA